CCGCGUCCCGCAGGCUGCGGCCGGGCCUGCUCCGGAGCCGGCUUCUGUCCCGCGGAGCGCUGGGGCUCUGCUGCGAGUUCUUGGGCUCAAUGGCUGCUCUCUGCUUCCUGAGCAGCCUGCCUCCUGAAGCCACAUCUCAGCUGUUCCCAAGGUUGCAAACCAUAACUCAUGUGUUGGGCAGAAAAUACAAGGACUUGUGUCAUGGCAGAGAGGCAGCAGAUACGCUGCAGAAGCAGGGCAGGACGUACCACAUGGUUCCCUGUCGUUUAGUAAGUAACAAAGCCAAGCACCGAGGGCAUCCAAAUACCUACCCGGUUCUGGAUGGUCGUAUCCCAUCUUUAUACCAACAGCAGUUUGAAGAAAACUUAAGGAACAGUGAGUCUGUUAUUAAAAGGUGCUCAGAACUGCUGGAGUCUGUCAGCAAAGGAGGGGGAGAAAAUGCAGUCCUGCGUCACACCCAGAGGAACAAGAAGCUGUUUGUUCGGGACCGUCUCAAGUUGCUGCUUGAUGAUGAAGCUUUCCUUGAGCUGUCUCCGCUGGCAGGCCUCAAUAUGCCCUAUGGUGAUGUCCCAGCUGCUGGCUGGCUGACUGGAGUUGGGAAGAUCUGUGGGGUCUGGUGUGUCUUCAUAGCAAGCGAUGCCACUGUGAAAGGAGGAACUAUUUAUCCUAUUGGUUUGAAGAAGCAGUUAAGAGCUCAAGAAAUAGCCAUGCAGAACAGGCUGCUAUCUGUGUACCUCGUGGACAGUGGGGGAGCCUUCCUACCCCUACAGUCAGAGCUGUUUCCUGACAAGCUGCACGGUGGCAGAGUCUUCUACAACGAAGCCAUCAUGUCUGCUAUGAGGAUCCCUCAGGUGGCAGUGGUGUGCGGCCCUUGCAUAGCUGGAGGUGCCUACAUGCCAACCAUGGCAGAAGAAGUGGUGAUGAUUGAUAAAAUUAGUACACUCUUCCUCGGUGGCCCACCUCUGGUGAAAGCUGCUACAGGAGAAGAUGUCUCUGCUGAGGACCUAGGAGGAGCUAAACUUCACUGUCAAGUCAGUGGCUGCAGUGACCAUUUUGCAGCUUCAGAGAAGGAAGCCUUCGAAUGUAUCCGGAAUGUGAUCUCUACAUUGAAUUAUGAGCCAAUGCCAGAGGAGGUGAUGGAGCAUGAUGGUCCUCUCUAUAGUUCUGAGGAACUCUUGGGGCUGGCACCCCGAGAUUACCACUGUACUCUUCCAGUUAAACUGAUCUUGAGUCGCCUGCUGGAUGGAAGCAGGUUCCAGGAAUUCAAGGCUAGUUAUGGAACAACAUUGGUGACAGGAUUUGGCCACGUCGAAGGGCACUUGGUGGGGGUGGUGGCUAACAACGGGGAGCUGUCCCACGAUGCCUCCCUCAAGGGCAGCCACUUCGUGCAGCUCUGCAGUCAGCGCAGCAUUCCCAUCCUCUUCCUCCAGAACACUGCUCCGCAGACACCACAGCCAAGAAACAUCCCACAGGCAGAGGCUCACUCCAGCAGGCUGAAAGCCCAGGCCUCCAUGAUGGCUGCUGUUGCUUGUGCUGCUGUUCCCAAAAUCACCAUCAUCAUCGGGGGUUGUUUUGGGAGCGAAAGUUACCUCAUGUGUGGGAGAUCUUUCAGUCCAAACUUUCUGUUCUUGUGGCCUAAUGCAAGAGUUGCUCUUGUGGAUCCAAGACAUUUGUCCACAGUGUCACAAGGAGGGGAAAGUGCCUGUGCAGAAGAUGAAGCAGAGCUAAAACAGCUGAAAGAGAAGCUAGAGGAAGAAAGCAGUGCAUUUUACUCCUCUGCCAGACUCUGGGAUGAUGGUGUCAUCCUACCUCAAAAUACCAGAAAGGUGAUUGCCCAGUGCUUAGAGAUCACAGAGCAGCAGAAGCACCAGGUGCUGUCUCCAUUGCAACAUCCUGUCAUCAGAAUGUAGCUGCAGCCAUCUCCAACCCAUCGACCUUUCCAAGCUGACACUUGGCUACUCAGAAUCUUGACCAGAAAUAAUUUUCUAGUUCUCUGAUAGCAGGAAUAAAAAUAUUCAACCACUGCAGACAGAAGAAAAUCCUCAGGUUCAGGUCUGUUAGCAACUU